ACAGUGAAAAAGUCAAUACUUACAGCAAAAUCUAUUCCGAUAUUAUUCAACAAAAAGAAAACUGAUAACAUAGAAAGGAAGAAUAAGCACAUUUUGUUUUACACGGUAAUUGAAAUGCUUUAUUAAAAAUGGAGAAUUUUUUUUUAUGAACACUAAAAAUGCAGAGACUAAUGAGGAAAAAACAAAGAAUAAUGAGAGAACUUCAGGACAGGGUUUAGUUUCCGUCCAAUAAUAUAACACCGCAUCACCAACUUCAAGACAUGGUUUAGUUUCCGUCCAAUAAUAUACACCCACAUCAUCACUUUUGUCCUUUACCAUCUCACAACACGCUUCCGUUAUUCGUCCUUCCCACACAGUCAUCCGCCACGUCAUCAUUUUCCAAAUGAAACCGCCAAAAUAUCAAAAAACACAAACCUUUACCCGAAGCAAAGUAGCAGCUGCUCCUCUUGCAUUAAUACACUCCUAUGCUCUCCAUGUUGAAGCAAAAAAACGCAAAGCGUCUAUUCGUGUUCUUAAGAAGAAGAAGAAAAAAAUCAAAGAAAAUGUCAAAAGAAGCUGAGAUGUCCAUCGCUGUAUCAGCCUUGUUCCCUGGGUUCAGAUUCUCUCCGACCGAUGUGGAACUCAUCUCGUAUUACCUCCGUCGUAAAAUCGAAGGUGACGAAAACUCUGUCGCAGUGAUCGCCGAGGUCGAGAUUUACAAGUUCGAGCCGUGGGACUUACCAGGAGAAUCAAAGUUAAAAUCGGAGAACGAGUGGUUUUAUUUCUGUGCAAGGGGAAGAAAAUAUCCACACGGGUCACAGAGCCGGCGAGCUACAGAGCUAGGAUAUUGGAAAGCUACUGGUAAAGAGCGAAGCGUGAAAUCUGGGAACCAGAUAGUUGGAACCAAGAGAACACUCGUCUUUCACAUCGGUCGUGCUCCUCGGGGUGAAAGAACCGAGUGGAUUAUGCAUGAGUAUUGUAUCCACGGUGCGUCGCAAGACGCGUUAGUGGUCUGCCGGCUAAGGAAAAAUGCUGAUUUUCGAGCUAGUUCGAGCCAGAGACAAAUGGAGGAUGGUCUGGUGCAAGACUAUGAGUACGUUGGUCAAACUGGUGAUGGUUCAGAGAGGGAGAAGAAAUCUUAUUUGGUUGAUGAAGAACCUGAGCUUCAGAUAUCAAAUGGUGGUGACAUAGCAGAAUCAUCAAACGUUGUUGAGUAUCAGGACGACACCAACGAUGAUUGCUAUGCCGAGAUUCUGAACGAUGAUAUAAUAAAGCUAGACGAGGAGGCAGUGAAAGCAAACCAAGCGUUUCGUCCUAAUUAUCCGACGCAACAAGAAACAAUAUUCACCGAGGCAUCUUCUAGUAAGCAGAUGCUAGAAUGUGGUAUGAAGAAAGAAUCAAAGCAAACAAUGAAUAGUUACGCUUUGUUCAAGAUCAUGAACGGCAGCACUACUGCCUCCUCCUCUGGCUGGAAAAUUCCGAAUCCUUUAACCCACAUCAAGAAAGAUGAUAGUCAAAGAGUGACGAAGAAUGUUUUGGCUACUACUCUUUUCUUGACUAUAUUAAUAAUGUCUGUCCUUUUUACUGUCCUAACAGCUAGGGACAGGGAGUAAAUCUUAUUCUAAACUCACACCUAUGUGUACUUGUAAUACGGAAAGUUAAUACUUUGAUAGUAGUAACUAGUAACUAAACUUGUUUUGUAAUGUUUUUCUUUCCUCUGUUUUUUUGGGGGGACCGAGUUAUUAAUUUAGUGUUUGUAGAUA